AUGUCCAGAGAGUCCGCAAAUCCAACAGUGGCUCUGGUGACUGGAGCCAACCAGGGCAUAGGCUAUGAAAUUGCCAAGCGACUUGCCUCGGAACAUCCAGAUUACCAUGUCUUCAUGGCAGGGCGACGGAAGGAAGCCAUCGAGAAGGCAGCUUCGGAGCUCCAGGAAGCCGGUUUGAAUGUCGAGCCUCUAGUUCUCGACAUCACAUCCGAUGACAACAUCGACUCGGCCGUCGAUACAGUCCGCACAAAAUUUGGCCGUCUCGAUGUCCUCAUCAACAAUGCGGGAAUUCUCUUGGGCAAGCCCGAUGACUCGAUCCGGCAGAAGCUCGCGACGGUCUACAACACCAACGUCUUUGGUUCUAUCGCUGUCACAGACGCUUUUAUCCCUCUCCUUCGCGAGUCUUCCAAAGUGAAGCGCGUCGUCUUCGUCAGUUCGGGGCUGGGGAGUCUUGCGAUUCGGACGGAUCCUAGUCUGGGACCUGUGAGGGACUUUAUUGAGUAUGGUUCCAGCAAGGCCGCGCUCAACCACGCUGCGAUGACUUUUGCGUCCAGGUACAGGGACGAUAAGAUGUGGAAGUUCAACAUUUCGGCCCUAGGAGUCGGUGCCGGGGCCGACCCCGGAUCGGAGGAGGAAGGGGCCCACAGCAAAGACGGACCGGCGGCUACGGCUGCGGCCGGCGAGAAGAACAUGGCCAAGGUGUGGAGACCGAAGAAGGAGGGGUGGGUGGAGGGCAAGAAGUUCGGAAGCUAUUUGAGUGUCAACGGAUAUUCCGUCGACGCCGGCCAAGAUGGUUUCGAUCUACGCGAGAUAACGGAGAAGAAGUGGGUUGGGUAUUGUGAUUGGCUUGAGCUGCAUUCCGAAGGGUCUCAAGGGACUCGACAUGAUCGGCCCUGGGAAGGCGGCGCCUAUUGA